UUCCGACGGCCGGGCGCGGACAGACGGCCGGCACGGUACUGAACUACUAUUACUAAGUGGCUAUAUUUUCUAAUAUUUUAUGAUAGCCGACUGUCAUUGAAUUGUUCAUGCUUUGUGUUGCAGGUUGGUUUUGACUGAAAAACGUGACUUGAUUGAAAUCUUCAGAGACACUGGCAAUGGAGGAAAAUCAGCCUUUGGCAAGGGCAUCAUAUCGGUCUGUCAGCUCUAGAAAGAAGAAAUUAAAUCGUUCCAUCAGCUGGCGGGAACGGCUGUCCAAAGGCAAAGAGACAUUCAAAGGAGACCUGGAGCACUUGUUUCGUGACAAGCUACAUGUACCUGGCAACCAUGCUGCUAAAAUGGCUCGCAAACGAGAGCGUGUCACCUGUGAGAUAUUCACUACUGAGAGAAAGUAUCAGAACCACCUGUCCAUUAUUGUAGAGCAUUUUUUGUCUCCCUUGGAGUCUCUGGGCCUGAUCCCUGCAGAUGAUCAUCGCAUCAUCUUUGAUAACAUCGCAGCUAUUCAAGCCGUCAAUCGAGAGCUUUUAGCUCAUAUGGAGGAGCAGGGCAUAGCUGAAGCCUUUAUCCAGCUGGCUCCAUUCAUGAAGGUGUAUUGCACAUAUGCCAAUAACUUUGAGAAAGCUUCACAGAAACUCCAGGAUUGGGAGCACAAGCGGGCUGCAUUUGUGCAGUUUCUAAGAGAGCAAGAGGCCAAACCUGAAUGCGCGAGUCUGACCCUACAUGCUCUGUUGAUAACACCUAUCCAGAGAAUACCAAGGUACAAACUUCUCUUGGAGGAGUUGCUGAGUUGUACUCCUGAGAAUCAUGAGGAAUAUGAGAAACUUCAAGAGGCUGCUGCUAGAAUGACCGAGGUUACGUACGGGAUCAAUGAGUACAUUCGUGAGCAUGAGAACUUCCAGAAGAUGCUUUUGAUUCAGAACAGUCUGACAGGUGGAGCACCUAGAAUCAUUGCUCCUGGCCGCACAUUUAUCCGAGAAGGAACACUCAUGAAGGUUAGCAAGAAGGGUUCGACUGCUCAUGAGCGCAUGUUUUUCCUAUUCAAUGACAUGUUGAUAUAUGCUAAACCCAACUUACUGGACCCACUAGCAUCCACACGCAGUUAUUGCUGUCGUGGUGUCAUUCCAUUGGAUCAAUGUGAGGUUCAGUGUGUAUUGGGUGAGCUCAAGACAUCUGGCUCAGGAGCUCUAUUCAAGAUUGUGCAUGGUGAAAACAGCCUGUUGCUGUACUCCACCAAUCACAACAUAGCGCUGUCUUGGAUAGAUGCACUACAGGGAGCUAUACAACAACUCCAGCACAAACAGCGAUCAAGUAGAAAGGCUCACCAUGCCAUGUCUGGCUCCAAGACUCCAAGACACAGCAUCCCAUUAGGCAAGAGGGUCAGGCACAUUGGACAGCGAACCAGCAUGAGACUUAAGAACAUGAGAAACUACCCAGAAGCAGAGGAUGGGAAGCAUGAUAAAGACAGUCUGCAUCCCUUGAGGAUGGAGCUACGUCGAUGUAAGAGACCACAAGGACCCGGUAAUACACCCAUCAGGACAGGGCGCCCUCGCAGGCUUCAACGGGGACCAUUACAAGUCAGAAGUAACAAACAGGAAGAGAGCCAUGAUGCCAGUGUUUCCAUAGUGGAUGUUACUGGUUAUCCAGACAGCCCAGAUGUCACUGACUGUCAGUAUACCUCUGGCCAGCUCCCUGACACUGCAUCAUUCAAUCAGGAUGCAGCACAGCAAGCUUUCUGUACCAUUCUGUAAUCAGACGUAUUGCUUUGAGUCCUCCAUGAGGCAAGUAGAAAAUUCUGUAUACAUUUUUCUGAAGAAGAUUAUUUUGUAACGGAACCAGAUAAGUUUGAGGAAACAUGAUUCGACUUCGGAAGCGUUGAUUGGCAUGGUUUUGAUUUACAGAUGUAUUUAUGCUACUCUCUGUGUAUGGAUCCUGGUGUAAACUAUUACCAUGAACAUGUAGUCUAUCAAAGUUCAGGAGGCUCAACAUGGGUUUUGUACAUAUUGAUUAAUUGGGGAGAAUCGUGUAGCAACCUGGUACUUGCUGGUAAUCACCCAGGGUGGGAAAAUGUAGUUCAAUGUUCAGUUGUAGGAUUGAACCGUUGCUCUGUGCAAAUUCAGUGAAAUGUUUUGUCUUCAGCUGUACAUUUCUGUACAUGUAUACAUCUCAAGACCCCACUGCACUUUAUCAAGAGCACUUGUCUUACACUUUGUGAAGUGCCAAGUCUCUUUAAUCCAUGUAGGAGCCGUUUUCAAUCAUUAGAGGGCUGAAAUCAAGAGUUUGUGCCACAUGGACAGUGGCUACUAACUGGAGUACAUUUUGUGAGGGGGCACCUCGGGGGUGACUGAGUGGGGUUAGUCAGUUAAAAACUGAGCAAAACGGACCAUCAUCAGAGUUUUGCCUCUCCAUUUUUUUGACGGGGGGCGCACAGGCCUUGAGCAGGGGGAGGAGCCAUGCCCCCAACUUUCCCCCUUAGUUAUGCUACUGCAUGUAGAAAAAGGCCCAUGUAACAUGUACAUGUAGUUAUAAAAUUGUUGGCCAAAUGUUCUAAUUGCAUGUCAGAAAUUAAAACUUCCACGUCACAUGAACAGGUAGUUAUAAACUUGUUGGCCAUUCAUCCAUUCAUUUAGUACAAUUUGUCCACAGUCUCUCGCACCUACAUGUACAUGUGGGAUUGCAUUAUUUUGUUGCAAUGUACGUGUACAUGUAUAUGUACAUGCGUAGAAAUACGCCAAAUUGUAAAUGGAAAGGAGGAAGAGAAAAAUGAAAGCUGUACUGGGAGUUGCUUCUAAAUAUUGGCAGUCAUAGUCAGAAUAAGUGUCUCUCCGACCCCCCAAAAAGGAAAAGGAAAUGUGUAUUAUUUAUGCUCAUGAACCUUACUUGAAAUGCAUGUGUAAUUACAUGUUUAAAUGUCUCUUUGUGGUAUUGUGCAGGUAUAUAUUUCUGCUGAGCAAAACCCUUUUUUUUUGUCUAGGCCUGAAAGUUCAAUGUGGUUACACUCAUUAAAUACACCAUACCAUAAACAAAACCUUGAGAAAAUAAGUUGAUUAUGACAAAGACAUAAAGACGAAGCCUACUGUAAGGUACAGGUACAAAUGGAUGCUGGGUGUUGUAUUUGCGUGUAGCAGUUAAUGAUCACAGAUAGAUUGUUUCAAUAUUAUGAUCAAUUAAACUUUAGGUAAAAAUUAGGAUUGAAAGAAUCGGCAAUUUGAUCAAUGAAGAUUAACAUGAUUAAGAAAUUACAGGUUGAAUCAUGACUUCAUUCCAUAGAGCAGUCUUUAAUUAAUUACAGUUACCUGCUAGUUUAGAGAUUUUCACAGAGUGCUUGUUAUUGUAAAAGCUUGACCCUAGAAUUAAUGCUGUAACUAUGUACGGUAUGCAUUUUCAAGGAGUGAAAGCAUGAGUAUGGAAAAAAGUCAAGUACAUGUACAAGGAAAACUACAAUGUCUGUAGCAGUCAUGAAAGUAAUGCCUGGUGAGGGCUCGCCCAGUCAUGUCAAAGAUGGUUACACCUGGUGUGGGC